ACUGCUCAAGGGACGAGAACGAAUUGAGUCAGAAGAGAAUCACAUGAUAGAAGAGGGGGGGAAAAAAACAGUCACAUGAUCAUCAGCGCUCUGCCAUUCACGUGACUCUCCUGCAUAAUGACGGAAGUAGGAGUGCGGCGUAGUAGUCUCUCGACAAUGGCCUCCACUUCAGUUUUAUUAUUUAUAUUCUCGAUUUAUAGCUGUUAUGCUCAAGUGCCUCUGCUCAUGUGGACCAGUGAUGGCUACAGUAUGCCACAUCUGGCUCAACCAGCAGCUGGUCAGGCUGUGUCUGGUGGACAGCUGGUGUCUUAUCUGAAAUCUGCCUUGUCCACUGCUCCUCACAAUGUACUGCUCUUCUUACAGGAUAAGCUAAGUAUAGAUGACUUCACCAUGUACGGUGGAGUGUUUGGGAACAAGCAAGACAGUGUCUUUUUAAACGUAGAGUCAGCACUUCAGUCGUCAUCCAGUCCUCUGGUGUUGCCAGCCCUGGACUGGUCUGCAUCAGAUUCAGUCCUGGAACUCUUCCAGGAAGAGCUGGGUAUCCCAGCGGUUCACAUCAACCCAAGCACCCUAAAGGAAAUCAAGCUGAACACCGCACAGCCUUCGCUGCUGGCUGUCCAUCUCCCUUACACAGCUGGGGCUCAAUCAAAGGAAUUGCUAUUAAAAAAUGAUGAGAUCAUUGGAAAGGUCCUUAACAUGUUCAGAUCUCAGGACGUGCCUUACACUGCUGUAUACACCGGCCUCAAGCCCUCUAGAGUCAUUGAAGAUACUCCAGUAAUGGCAGGAAGUUCUGUGGGCCGAUCGCUACUUCAGGCACCAACAAGUCCACCUGUGAAACCCCCAGUUGUCUUCAGCAACAGCACAGGGCAACCCUGUAUCAUGAUGUGGGCUGACCGUCUCCUCGCCAGCUACUCUAAUAACGAAGUUGAUUUGGGAAUAUACAUUUUUAAUGGUUCUGCUACCACGACUGGUUCAGUUUGCAGUGAAACACUGUCAAGACUUGUCCUGAAUUUCCAAAACGUUCUGGGUUUUCAAUCCCUUCAGCUUAUCUUCUCUAUGCACAAGAUCUUCUUUCCUGUGUCUGCUCGCUACUGGACCGUCAUGGAGCAAGUUGUGCUGGAGUAUGACGGGCAGAGGGCGACCUUUAAUGGCAGUAGGGGUAUCUAUACUCCUGCAGAGUAUUCUUUCCAUUGCCAGAACGUAAACAGUGUUCAGAGCCCACUGCUGGUGCCUUACAAUGCUACCGACAACGCUACCCAAUGGAAGCUGACCUUCACUGAUUUUCAGAUCCAAGGCUUCAACCUUACUGGUGAAAUGUUCUCAUAUGCCAGCGAUUGUGCAGGGUUCUUCACUCCGGGGAUUUGGAUGGGGCUGCUGACUUCUCUGCUCAUGGUGCUCAUUCUUACUUACGGCCUGCACAUGAUCAUGCAGCUUCGCACAAUGGACCGCUUUGACGAUCCAAAAGGCCCAGCGAUUUCAGUGCCUCAGAGUGAGUGAAUGAGCCAGAGAGAAAAAAAAGAAAGAAACACCUGUGAUGUUGUCAAACUGUAAAAAUAUACUAUGUAUGUCAAAAACAUCCAGCCCUUAAUGUGGGUGUCAAUCAGGAAUUUCCGGAUUUGAAUGUUUUUAAGAGUAAGUAUAAUAUAUUCAGAGGCAAAAAAAGUUUUUUUCCAAAUAAAUUUUGGUGUCUUGUAGAAAGUGCUGAAAUUAUUUUCACAUCUCCUUUACAUUACAUUUUUAAUUAUUACAUAAUAAUACUUUACAAUAAGGAUCAACACAUUAACUAGGAGUUUUAUGCAAUAGCUAACAUGAAAUAAUAAAAAAAACACCAUUUUUACAGUUGAUUUCUAAUGUUGGUAUAUAAACAUUUAAAGUUGUAAAAAUUAACUUUGUGUUAUGAGUGAACAUGGAUUAACAUUAAUUUAUAAAUAUAAAAUUGUUAAUUGAUCUAGAUCAGUGGUUCUCAAACCUGUCCAGCCCUGCACAUUUUGUGUCUUCCUGAGCUAGAUUAAAUGCUGUAAAAUUGUUCAUCCACUUUAGUUGAUACCUAUUGAUCAUUAGAUACCAAAUUCAUUAAUUAAUUUUUAUAAAUUGAACUUUUUGUAAAGUCUUACCAAGGUUUCACAUACACAUUUCAGUACACAUACAGUGCACGUUUCUCUGUCUAGUGGUAAACUAGUCUUAUGAAUGCAAUUACAUAACAACUUGCACUGUUAUCUUUAGGACUACUGUUUGUUUUAUCUCAACUUUUAAAACUGGUUUAUUUCUCACCUUGUAUUAGAUUUGUAUAUGUUUGUGUAGUUGUACAUUUAAGAUUUGCCAAUAUUGAAUUAUACCAAAUACACAAUUUAAGUGCCUAAGGUGAACUGGUCACUGCAUGGAAAAAUGAGUGCUAAAUAAUAAAAACAAGCCAUUAAGCGAAAUUGUUUUAUUGAUUGACAGACUGACUAAAAGUGCCAAAAGUACCCAAUUUUCAUGUAUUUUCAAUGGAUACAAUGUUUGAAAUGUAUGAGAUGGCUAAAGUUGUGUAGAAAUUAAAAGGUUUAAUACAAUAUGCUAUGUCAGAAUUUUGCUUUAGCCUGUGCGACUGGAUGUAAAUUUAAUUUAAAGUGACUAGUUAAAAAGCUCAUUGGCUUGUCUCAACUCAAUAUGUCGUCAAUAUGUUUGGGUACAGUCCAGUGGGAUUCAUGUUUAGCAUAACACUUGUUUUGUUGGGCAUUGUUAUGAAACAUGCAGAUAUUGCAUAUUCUGGAGAUAUGAAUUCAAAUGUGCAGUUUUCUUCACCAGAUUUGCUGUCAGAGUGGUGUGUUGCAACAUGUUAUAAACAUCUUUGUCUCUAGCUAAAUGAUUAAACUACUACAAAACACUGAA